GUGAAUGUAGAAUCCACGGAAAUAGGACGAUCCCCGGAAAUAGUUCCAAAAGUAUCAUAUAUGUAUAAGGUAUAUAUGAAUAGCACCUUAAAUGAAGUAAUAAAAGAUAAAACUUCUGGUAUUG